GGCGUACGGCACGACUCGGCGAGACGCGUGGGGAACCUUCGCGCGGUCGUCGGGACGCGCGGCGACGAAGACGGCGUCGUCGCUGAGCAAAUGGAACAGCGAGCAUCGCGUGAGCGAAAAAGCGGUCGCGGCGGUGACCACCACGGCCAAGGCGGCGACGGAUUUCAACGACAAGCAUCGCGUCGUCGAGACGAUCGGUCGAACCGUCUCGACCGCGGCUGAAACCGCGUCGGAACUCAACCGCCGGUACGAGGUCACGGAUACCAUCGGUCGAGGCGUGAGCACUUCUCUGGACGCGGUGACGCGCGCGAUGUCUCGCGACGGCUCGCGCGCCGCCGCGUCCGCCGCGUCCGUCGCGCCGUCGUCGUAG